GCCUACCCCGCCGAGUACCUAUCGAGGGCAGACCUUCUUCAAGAGGCGCGAUUUUCGGAAGAGCUACUCCAAAGCGCCAAGUCGCCCAUUGCCUUUUGCCACAACGACCUUUUUCUAGGCAACAUGCUUAUAUCGCCUAAUCAGGAUGCUGUCUCAUUCAUUGACUUCGAAUACUGCGGCUAUAAUCACACGGCAUACGACAUUGCUGACCACUUUUGUGAAUUUGCUGGCGAGUCUUGUUUCAUAUUAUGUUUCUGCAUCACUGAUUGCCUUUGA